AUGGCUCCCAUAGACGGACCAUUCAAUCGUACCAGCAUGUUGCAGCGCUCGGGCAGCAUUUCGCACGGCAGCUUCGGCCUUAGCAGCGCCGCAGCCAGCGGCGGCACAGAGUUCAUGUCGACACUGCCCCCGCCCAAGGCUGAUGUCGACGGCUGGGACAAGACCAAGCCAUGGAACCAGCAGACGGUGCACAGUAUCCCGCUCCUGUUCAAAGACGCCAUGUCCGUACGCGAAGAGGUGUUUGGCGAGCAGGGCGUGCCGCUGGAAGCCGAGUUCGACGAGGAUGAUGCGCGCAGCUGGCACUGGGUCGUCUACGCCUCGGUCGGCACCUCAUCUAGCUCACCGCCUAAGAGCGUCCUCACGCGCAGCGAUUCGGGUAACACCCCCGCAGACGAUGCUAGACGCGCCUCUGCGACUGCCCAGCGUCUCCCCGUGGGCACCAUCCGCCUCAUUCCCCCGCCGCACGGCCCGAACAAGUAUGUCGACGACAAGCACCCUGAUGCCGACCCACCCAAGGAACUGGGGACCGAGCUCACCCCAGAGCCAUACGUCAAGCUCGGCCGCCUCUCCGUUCUUUCACCCUACCGCAAGCUCAACCUCUCCAAACUGCUCAUCAACUCCGUUCUCGACUUCGCUGCCCAGGAACCAGACGCUGUCUACAUACCUCCUUCCUCGACCACGCGAGAGCUUGCCGCCCUGCAAGGCCCAAACGCUACUCGACCGCUCUCCUGGCAAGGCCUCGUCAUGAUCCACGCCCAAGCGCAGCUGAAGCACAUGUGGGAGAAGCACGGCUUCCGCGAGGAGCUCCGCAACGACAAUGGCGAGCUCGAGAUCGCCGCCGAGCCACACUGGAUGGAGGAGGGCAUCGAGCACGUGGGAAUGUGGAAGAGGCUCAAGAUUGCACCGGGAAGGUUGUAG